CAAACCUGAAAUUUCUCAUUUCCAUUAGCAUUCAGACCCUUUGCUUUGCACACAGGUGCAUCCUGUUUACUUUAAUGAUCAUUGAGACGUGUGUAGAACGUUAUUGGAGUCCACCUGUGGCGAGUUGAGUUGAUUGGACAUAGUGUAGAAAGGUACACCCCUGCGUUCAUAAGGUCCCACAGUUCACACUGCAUGUCAGGAAAAAACCAAGCCAGAGGUUGGCAAAUAUUUUAUCCAUUUAAAAUUACAACUACACAACAAUUAAGUGUGGAAACAGUGAAGGGGUCCGAGUACUUUCUGAAGCCACUGUCCAGAUUUAUAAAUGGACCCGUUUUCCAAUAAGAUGCUGUGCAGAACAUGUAGGAUGACUUAAUAACUAAAGCCAUCGUUGAUCCAUUUUCAUUGAUCAUGUCUCUUUAAGGAUAAAUAUGAAGACGUCAUAUAAAGUUUGAAUUAACUGAUUUAAUAAUUGAGUUUAUUUUACGUCAUGAUGGAAACAUAAAACUAACCUGUGAGUUGAUUGGACAUAGUGUAGAAAGGUACACCCCUGCGUUCAUAAGGUCCCACAGUUCACACUGCAUGUCAGGAAAAAACCAAGCCAGAGAUCCUGUUCAUCACUUAGACAUCAGCAUUGACCAAUCAGGACCAGACCACACCUCUCUGGGCUCAGGACCUGACCAAUCAUUGACCAGCUCUGUCUCAGGCUCCUCCCACUCUGCAGCCCAGGGAGGUGCAGCAGCUUCAUCAUCUUCAUUGCACGCUGAAGCUGACGGAGUCCAGACGGAUGGAGCCGACUCAGCUGAUGCUAAUGGAAAUGGCCGACAGACUCUGCUUCUGGACACAAACGGAGUGACGGAUCGACUCAUUUCCUUCAGUGAACUUCAGACUCAGAACCUCCAGACUGAUCUCCCAGCAGGUGGAGCAGAGUCAGCGACUGGUCUUCACAUCGACCUCACAGUGUCAGGUCUUGGACUUGGCCAUGAUGUCACAGAGUCGUCCCCCGUCGUCCUCCACACAGAGUCUGUAGACAGCUUCACACACACACUGCACCCAGCUUCAGGUGGUUACUCCUACACAGACCUGGUUACCAUGACAACAGACUCCACAGGAUUAGUUUCAGCAGAUCCAACAGGAACCCAACUUGACUCCAGUCAUCCAGCUGUGACAGAUCGCACACAGAUGGCUGGUUCAGUCACUGAACAGUACAACCCAUCUGGUCAGGGUCCUGAAGGUACAGAAAAUGUGGAACUGGAGGAUACCUGCUGACUUCCACAUCAAGCCGCGAGUUCGAUUCCUGCGCUACCGUUUCCAGUGUACCGACCAAUCAGCAUGGCCCAGGAAGUCAGACCCCUCGCACUAGCUGUAGGACCCACCCACGGAGCGCCAGUGUUUUUUUUUUAUAUUUAAAAGUUUGUUAAUAGACGUUUAUUUUGUUUUAGAGAAUCAGUGAGGAAAUACAUAGAAAUAAAUAACCUGAUGACGCCAUACAGGAUGUGACAUCACUUUCACUGUCGGAAUUGAAAAAUGUGAUUUUGAACAGUAAAUGUUUUUGUCUAUUUUGAACAUCAAACUGAGAAUUUGUAAUUUGUCCAAACUGAUGAAUAACCUGAUGACAUCAUCAGGUCGUUCCUGUCGAGCAGGACGUUACUUAAUAAAGAUAUGAAGCAACAACAUGUCUCUGCUUUAAAUAAAGUUUACGGUCGGCUGGA